AUGCUUUCAAGUUAUUGUCAUGCCAUUUUCUUGGCCCUUAGCGCCAUUAUAACUGUCAUCUCCGGCCAACCUUUCCGACCAUUCGCCGGUCAUGGAGCAUACUCUGUCGAUGCGGAAUCAGACGAGGCCGGCAACAGAUGGGCCUUCUCCGUCUAUUCAGACGGCUACACUGCACUGGACGAAGAGGGCAACACGUCGCCUGUCGACACUUUGCUGAUCAGCAAGGCCUCAAAGCGUCUGACCGUCAUCAAGGCCAUGAACGGACACGACACCACCACACCCCGCCUCAAGAUGCGCCAGGUCCUCAAAGAAUGCUGGAAGAUGACUGGCCUUAAACCAUCUGAGCUGAAGGAAGUCCUGGCCUACCAAAUCGAGAACGAAAAUAUGAAAGCAGCCAUCGCGAAGUGCCGAACCAGCAUCCGCCUUCCACCUUCUGCCUCAUUUCAGGUUUCCAGCACGGAGACAGACGCAAAACGCCAGGCGUGCUGGGAUAGGCUCGGUACAACAAUCUUCUCAGCCUCUAUCCAAGGCUCGAUCGCGGACUUCGGGAUCAACAAGAAUCUCGUUCAAAUUAAGGUGGACAAUGGCGGAAAAUGGGAUCACGUCUACUAUGAGUUUGCUUAA